AUGGGUUCAAUCGGAACUACUGGCGCCGAUUUUGUCUUGACCGCAGAGGCCUUGAAGAAUGCUUUGCCUGAUAUGCAUCCGGCCACCAGGGCCAUUCACGCCGAUGACUUUCAGGCCAAUCACCGGGCUAUCGCUCCAGCUAUGCACACUGCAGUGAACUUCCGAUAUGCGCGCGACCCGGAGAGCCUGGUCCCUGAAGAAAAUGAAGACCGCGCAUUGCAGCCUGAUGCCCCCCAAGACUCGCAUGUUUAUUCGCGAUAUACUGCGCCAAACUCGAAACGUCUCGAGCUCCUUCUGAAGAACCUCAUGGGCGGGGAAGUUAUCACCUACGCAACCGGUCUGUCUGCAUUCCACGCUAUGGUGAUCCUCAUCAAUCCCAAGAAGGUUUUUAUUGGAGAGGGUUACCACGGAUGCCACAGCGUCCUGGAUAUCAUCCAUCGCUUGAGCGGGGUUCAAAAGCUAGACCUAGAGGACAUCGACCAAGCCGGCCCUGGUGAUAUGAUUCAUGUCGAGACACCAUUGAAUCCAACUGGCGAGGCCCGGAACCUGGCCUACUACCGCGCAAAGGCCACUGAGAAAGGCGCAUAUCUGACGAACCCGUUAGACUUUGAUGCGGACAUUGUCAUGCACAGUGGUACAAAGUAUGUGGGUGGCCACUCCGACAUGCUCUGUGGAGUUCUGGUCCUACGGGACGAUCAUGUAAAGGAAGGAUGGCUGAAGACAUUACACAAGGACCGCCAGUACAUCGGCAGUGUAAUGGGGAGCUUUGAAGGCUGGCUGGGUAUUCGGUCGGUUCGCACCAUGCAACUCCGGGUGAAGCGACAAGCCGAGACAGCUGAGAAGCUCGUAAGUUGGCUGCACGAGGAAAUCAAAAAUCCCCAGUCGCCGGUUGGUAAGAUUCUGACCCAUGUUCAGCAUGCCUCGCUCCAGCAAGAGGACUUGAAAGAUGGCUGGCUCAAGAAGCAGAUGCCCGGAGGCUUUGGUCCUGUUUUCUCAAUGUGGGCAAGAAACCCUGCACAGGCUCGCCGGUUGCCUACGAGAAUGUUUGUGUUCCAGCACGCGACUAGCCUGGGAGGGGUGGAAAGCUUGAUGGAAUGGCGGAAAAUGAGUGAUAAUGCGUGCGAUGAGCGACUCCUCCGGAUUAGCUGCGGCAUCGAGGAGUUUGAAGACUUGAAAGCCGAUAUCUUGCAGGGAAUGGAAGGGUUGCUGAAGGAUUACCCGUAA